AUGGCAAUCUCUAAAGCAAUCAUUGUGUUUCCCUUGCUUUGCUUUCUAUCCUCUACCAUCUCAAUUCUAUGUGACCCAUACCCCUUGGUUUGUAAUGAAACUGAGAAACAUGCCCUUCUAAGCUUCAAACAUGCUCUCUUUGAUCCUGCACACAGCCUCUCAUCUUGGUCUGCUCAAGAAAGCUGCUGUGGAUGGAAUGGAGUCCGUUGCCAUAACAUCACUGGUAGAGUCGUUUACCUCAACCUCUUUAAUUUUGGAUUGGUUGGCAAGCUUAGUCCUGCUUUGCUCCAAUUAGAAUUUUUGAAUCACUUGAACUUGGGGUUGAAUGAUUUUGAAGGUACUCCUAUUCCAAGUUUCCUAGGUUCCAUGCAGAGUUUAACAUACCUCGACCUCUCAUUCGCUUCAUUUGGUGGAUUAAUCCCUCCUCAACUUGGAAAUCUUUCCAACCUUCGUCACCUUCGUCUAGGAGGUGCUGAUUCUUUCUACGAGCCACGACUUUAUGUUGAGAACCUUCGUUGGAUUUCUCAUCUUUCUUCUUUGAAACUCCUGUUUAUGUCCAAGGUUGACCUUCACCAGGAAGGUCAAUGGAUUGAAUCUACAUCUAUUCUAUCUUCCAUUUCCAUGUUGCUCUUGGAGGAUUGUGAACUCGAUAACAUGAGUCCAUCUCUUGAGUAUGUUAAUUUUACAUCUCUCGCAAUCCUUUCUCUUUAUGGGAACCAUUUCAAUCAUGAGAUACCCAAUUGGCUAUCUAAUCUCACCACUAGUCUUUUACAACUCGAUCUAAGUGACAAUUCUCUAAAGGGUCAUAUACCCAUCACCAUUCUAGAGUCACCUUACUUAAAAGAUUUAGAUUUGUCAUACAAUCAACUGACAGGGCAAAUACCAGAGUAUUUAGGGCAACUCAAACAUCUCGAAGCUCUUUCACUUAGAUAUAAUUCCUUUGAUGGUCCAAUUCCUUCAUCUCUAGGGAACCUAUCAUCCUUGAGGUAUUUAUCUUUGUAUGGAAAUAGGUUAAAUGGAACUCUUCCAAGCAGUUUGUGGCUUCUUUCAAAUUUGGAGACUUUACUGAUAGGAAAUAACUCCUUAGCAGACACAAUAUCACAAGUGCAUUUUAACGAACUCUCAAAAUUGAAGUACUUAGAAAUGUCCUCAACAUCUCUUACUUUCAAAGUCAACUCCAAUUGGGUCCCCCCUUUUCAACUUGAAAAAUUGGGGAUGAGUUCCUGCCAGAUGGGCCCCAAGUUUCCUACAUGGCUACAAACUCAAACAUCUCUUCGGUAUCUGGACAUUUCCAAGUCAGGAAUUGUGGACAUAGCUCCAACAUGGUUCUGGAAGUGGGCUUCACAUAUUCAAUGGAUCUAUCUCUCUGAUAACCAGAUAUCCGGGGAUUUAUCUGGAGUUUGGCUUAACAAUACUAGCAUCUAUUUGAACUCUAAUUGCUUCACCGGUCUGUUACCUGCAUUGUCUCCAAAUGUUACUGUAUUGAACAUGGCCAACAAUUCGUUUUCGGGACCAAUUUCCCAUUUCUUGUGCCAAAAGUUGAAGGGAAGAAGUAAAUUGGAGGCGCUGGACUUGUCAAAUAAUGAUUUAUCUGGAAAGCUUCCUCUGUGUUGGAAGUCUUGGCAGUCUCUGACUCAUGUAAACUUGGGAAACAACAACUUUUCGGGUAAAAUUCCUGACUCCAUAGGCUCUUUAUUUUCACUCAAAGCAUUGCACCUGCAGAAUAAUGGCUUAUCUGGAAGCAUACCCUCAUCCUUGCGAGACUGCACAUCUUUGGGGCUCCUGGAUUUAAGUGGUAAUAAACUUUUGGGAAAUGUUCCAAAUUGGAUAGGAGAAUUGGCAGCUUUAAAAGUUCUCUGUUUAAGAUCCAACAAAUUCAUUGGCGAAAUUCCUUUACAGAUCUGCCAACUUUCUUCUCUUAUAGUAUUGGAUGUUUCAGAUAAUGAGUUGUCUGGAAUUAUACCCAGGUGUUUUAAUAAUUUCAGUUUAAUGGCCGCAAUAGAGACUCCAGAGGACCUGUUUAUUGACUUAGAUCAUUCCAAUUAUGAAUUGGAGGGUCUUGUGUUGAUGACAGUUGGAAGAGGACUUGAGUACGGAGGGAUUCUUAAAUAUGUUAGAAUGGUAGACCUGUCAAGUAAUAAUUUUUCUGGAUCAAUCCCUACUGAAUUAUCACAACUUUUGGGACUACGGUUCUUAAACGUGUCUCAAAAUCAUUUGAUGGGAAGGAUACCGGAGAAAAUUGGAAGAAUGACAUCUUUACUAUCUCUUGAUCUCUCCACAAACCAUCUUUCAGGUGAAAUUCCUCAAAGUCUGGCCGAUUUAACAUUUCUUAAUCGCUUGAACCUAUCAUGCAAUCAAUUUCGGGGAAGAAUUCCUUUAAGCACACAGCUUCAGAGCUUUGAUGCAUUCAGCUACAUUGGCAAUGCCCAACUUUGCGGAGUCCCUCUUACAAAAAACUGCACAGAAGAUGAUGAAUCUCAAGGUAUGGACACCAUUGAUGAAAAUGAAGAAGGUUCUGAAAUGCGAUGGUUCUACAUUAGCAUGGGACUUGGGUUCAUUGUAGGCUUUUGGGGAGUCUGUGGUGCUCUUUUAUUCAAGGAAAAUUGGAGGUAUGCUUAUUUCCAGUUUCUUUAUGACAUUAGAGACUGGGUAUACGUGGCCGUAGCGAUCAGGUUGAAUUGGUUCCACGACAAUUGGAGGAGGCUGUUGACGUGCAAAGCUGGUGAUGUACUUGUUGUGAAAGGAGAUAAACUUAGUAAUGAACAGUGUCCAAAGAAUGAUUUGGAAAAGGAUGCCAUGAAGACUAUUCCUUCUGCUAGUGCCAUUGGUAGCCUAAUGAGGGUGGAUAAUCUCGUGGUAGUUGGAUACUUAGAUUCUGAUUUUGGUGGUUGUUCUGAUGAUCGCAAAUCUACUUCAGGAUACAUUUUUAUGUUAGCUGGUGGAGCCAUUUCAUGGAAAAGUGUCAAACAUAGCCUAAUUGCAUCCUCGACCAUGUAUGCUAAGUUUGUAGCUUGUUAUGGUGCAUCAUCUCAAGCUUUGUGUUCUACUCUAAGAACAAUUAGUACGGGUUCUAAGCAUAUGGAAAUCAAGUACCUUACAGUCAAGGACUUAGUGAAGAAAGGAGAUAUUGUGAUUAAGCACAUAAGAACUGAGUCCAUGCUAGCUGAUCCUUUAACCAAAGGUUUAAAGCCCAUAACGUUCAAGGAACAUGUUGAAGAAUUCCAUCAGGCACACAACUUCAAAGCUUUGAUGCACUUACCUAUAUUGGCAAUCCCGAGCUUUGUGGAGCCCCUCUUACAAAAAACUGUACAGAAGAUGAAGAAUCUCAAGGUAUGGAUGCCAUUGAUGAAAAUGAAGAAGGUCAUGAAAUGCCAUAGUUCUACAUUGGCAUGGGACUUGGAUUCAUUGUGGGCUUUUGGGGAGUCUGUGGUGCUCUUUUCUUCAAGAAAGCAUGGAGGUAUGCUUAUUUCCAGUUUCUUUAUGAUGUUAAAGACUGGGUGUAUGUGGCCAUAG